AUGACUACUAUCAAAGGCCCCGGCGCUGCCCAGACCCACGAUGGCUCCGGACUCCGCGUGGCGAUCGUGCACGCCAGAUGGAACACAGUGAUUAUCGACCAACUGGUAGCAGGAGCGAAGAAGAACCUCCUGGCAGCCGGCGUGCUGGAGGAGAACAUCACAGUCCAGACAGUUCCCGGCAGCUACGAGCUGCCUCUCGCAGUGCAACGCCUCUACGCCGCCUCCCAGCUCCAGGCCAACUCCUCCGUCCAAGGCAUCAGUGCCACAGACCUCCUGUCCUCGCCCACCGCCGAAGUGACCGGCUCUGCCAACGCCGCAAGCCCGAAGAAACCCUUCGACGCUAUCAUUGCCAUUGGCGUCCUCAUCAAGGGCGCUACUAUGCACUUUGAAUAUAUCGCUGACGCGGUCAGCCACGGACUCAUGCGUGUCCAGCUUGAUUCGGGCGUUCCGGUCAUCUUUGGGUUGCUCACUGUCCUCACGGAAGAACAGGGAUUGGAACGGGCUGGUCUUGGAAAUAGUGGGAUGCACAACCACGGUGAGGACUGGGGAAGUGCUGCUGUGGAGCUGGGUCUCAAGAGGAGAGAUUGGGCUGAGGGCAAGAUUUUGUAA